AUGUCUGAAUCCACACCGCCGAAAAGGCGGUUCGCGCCGAUACCGAUAGAAACAACAUUUGAGCGAUACAGGAAAGGCGGUCCUGCCGCAGAGCUGACCCCGGAGCCCUCACCCCGAUCACCUUCACCACCCCCGAGAUUCCUCGAGGAGCAGGAGCAGCCCAAGAAAGAGAAGCGCCGCUUUGCCCCUCAGCUCAUCGAGUCGACUCGCCGAUCCCGCCGCCUCGGUGACACCGGCCCGGCCACGAGACCAGUCGAUAAGACCGACAUCACCCCCUACACCAAGCACAUCUACGCUCCUCGCUCUAAGAGGCGACACAGCAGAAUACCCAGCAAUGGAAGGCGGGAGUCGUGCGACGACGAGACGGCGGCCCAGCUCUUCGAGCAGCUCGCCCGGGACCGGGAGCGCCUGCUGCAGGAGCAGGCCCUGUCUGCGUUCCCCAACAGCCGCGCCAGAGCCGGCGGCGCCGAGCAUUUCUUUGUCCGGGAGGGAUCCGAGGAUGAGAGCAGCACGGACUCGCGGGGUAGGACGCCGAUGCGAGGCACCCGGGCCUCGAGGCACUCGAGACGGGACUCGUCGGAGGAGGACGUCGGCUGGGCCGUCAAGGAGAUGCAGGAGCACCACGAACACCUGGAGCAGGCGAGGAUGUCGACGCUGGAGCUGGACAGGAUGAGCAUAGAUAGCCCGCCUGAGGAGCCGCUCUGGACGACGCACAGGAGGGCGUCGGGAGACGUCGUUCGCCCGAUUGGCGAGUCGCUUAUGCCGCUGAUUCCCAAGGAGCCGCUGGAGACCAUUGGCGAGGCCCCCUCGGCCCCAUUCGACCCGUCCGAGGAGCCGCCCCCCGCCCGACCCAUCGGCGAGAGCCUGAUGCCCUACAUCCCGUCGGCACCGGCGGGCCAGGCGGCCAGCAUGCCCUACAUCCCCGCGUCCAAGCUCCCGCCCGAGACGGGCUUCCGCAACCACCGCGCGCCAUUCGGGGCGCCCCUGAGCGGCUUCCGCGGCGCGAACCGGGACCUCGUCGCCGACCGCGAGUACCACAAGCUGCGCACGCGGGCGUCGCCGCCGAUGCUGGGCAAGGACCUCGUCUUCCGCCGGUGCCCAUCGCCCAAGCAGACCAAGAUGGAGCCGGACCACCCGUUCCCGGACGUGGCGGGCGAGGACACGCACCGCGACGUGACGGGCCAGAAGGGCCUGUGGCAGGGCUACUGCUACUCGCCCGAGAAGAAGGAGUGGCUCGCGCGCAUCGAGCGGCCGGCCAUGAUCGCGACCCCCUUGCCGCAGGCCCACGGCGCGGGCGACCCCUUCGCCGCGGCGUUCGGCACGGCGCCCGUGGCGAUGAGCGAGGAGCCCUCGCCCAAGGCCACGGGGUGCAUGUCGGCCGGGCACAACCUCGGCAGCAGCAGCGCCAACCCGGAGCACCGGACGCGGCACGGCGAGGCCAAGGGCCUGCACAUGCUCAUGGGCCUCGACGAGCGGCUGCGCAAGGAGAAGGCGGCGGCGGACCUCGAGGAGAAGAUCGCGGCCGAGUUCACCGACGCGUUCGUGACGCAGGUCUACAACUACCUGUCGCUCGGCUACCCGGCCAUGGCGCGCUUCUACGACGACGAGCUGUCCAAGAUUGCGCGCAUGUCGGUCGACGACCUCGAGAGCAGCGACGAGAGCAUCAUGGACGGGAUCGGCGGGCCCAAGGGCCACAUCAUGAUGGUCGACGGCGACGAUGACGACUCGGGCGGGGAUAGCAGGGACGGCGCUAGUAGCACGUCCAGCGGGAGCGGCGGGAGCAGCGGCGACGAGAAGAAGUGCCCCCGGUGGAGGGCGCUCAAGGAGUACAUCUUUGAGUGGGCGCGGCAGCACCCUGAUCUGGACAGCAUCAGCCCUCUGGCUUGGGGCGUCCGUGAGAGGCGAGGCAGUUGGGGGAUCUGA